AUGUCUGUAAUCGGAAAAGUUUACUCGUUUUAUAUUGGAAUUCGAUUUUCUGACUCCAUCUCGCCCCUCUUCUUCCUCUCAUUGAUCAUUGCCUUCUACAUCGGUUUCGCUGCGAAAUUCGACAAAAAGUACCGUCUGGGCAUGGGAGAAGUUUAUGACGAGGAUGAGGAAGUGUCCCUGCAGUCAGUGGAGGUGGUGGCAAAAGAACCGGAGCCAACAGCAGAGGAUACUGUAAGAAAGCCGGUGGAGCCAAAAGAGGCAACAGAGCCUACAGUGCCAACAGUGGUUAUCCUAAUCCCCGAGGUUUCAGUUUCUGAAGAUUCAGAUUUUGCAGAGGAAGAUUCUGCAGAGGAAGAUACUAUUCCAUACUGCGAUACCUGCUACGACGACUACAGUGACUCCAGAAACCCAAGAAUUCUUACAAAAUGUGGACAUACUAUCUGCGAGGAGUGUGCUAAGGGUCUCCUGAGAGGAAAUGCUAUCAGGUGUCCAUACUGUAAGAAGAUCACGUUGGUUAACGGACCCGCCAACUCGCUUCCCAAGAAUUUUGCGUUGAUGGAUAUCGUCGAGAAGGAAAUGAAGAAGUAUUACGUUGAGUGA